CGUAGCAAAUCGUUGUCUGUUAACGGGGAGUUGUAUUUUCAGUAUAAAAUUUACACGUACAUCGGUUUUCUUUUAUAUUUUUUGUUGUUUUUUCUUAUUAUUGCGUGCGUGUGUGUGUUUAAUUAGAGUGUGAUUUUUUUUGGUGUUGUACUUACACGAUCAGUUUUUGUGUAAUAAGAUUUCUUAAUUUAAGAUAAAAAAAAUUAAUAAAUUACAAGAAACCAAAGUGUGUCAUCUAAUAAAUUCAAAGUUUAAUUAAAAAUUUAUUAAUUCAACUGAAAUAUUAAAAAGCGAACAAUUAUUAAAACAAAACAACUUUUACACCGAAAAAAAAAAACUUAAACAAAAUGGAAGUUUAACUAAAAAACUAUAAAAAAUUAUUAAAAGUAACAAUUUAUUCAUUGUUUGGAGACAACAGAUAACUUUUUAAUUUUCCAAAAACUUGACAAAUUUUAUUACAAAUAUAAAAUGAUUAAAUUAAAAUCCCUGUUCCGUAGAGGACAGACACCCUCUCAAAAUUCUUCUUCCUCCUCAACGAAACAUUCCAGCAACAAUAAUCGCAAUAAAUCCCAGUCUACGCAGUCUCUUAAUACAGCCAUCGAAAACGAAGAUAAACAAAACACGGCAGGCGGCAAUUCAUCAAAGAAAGUUCAUCCCUCUGAGCGAAAUCCUCUAUUAAAUAUCGAGGGUUCUUCCGCCGAAAGAGGUGUAGAUGUGGGUGAUGAUCAAUUGACACACAGUCAUAGUUUGGACCACAAGGCUAUAGCCCACAAUACCACUACUGGCCCUCAACACGCCAAUACUUUGCCGCAUAAGAAACAGAAAGGCACCACUCCUAAAAAAGGACAAAAACAACCUAAACCCCUACCAGCCACACCCUCAAAUAAUAAAAAAUCUUCUAACAAUACAAGCGAUGUAAUGUCUUCAAUGGCUGCUGUAGUACCGGGACAACAAACAACAACGGUGGGCACGGUUAAGAAUAAUAAUUUUAACGCCGCCUCUUCCAUAACAUCAUCACAUUCAAAUCCAGCUUUAUCUUCGAAUACUGCCUCCAAUAAUUCGGGCAAUAAUGUGGCUAAUGAUUUAUAUGCCAUAAAUCCGGCAUUUAUGGCUGCUGCCGCAGCUGCUAGUUAUCAAUUGUUAAAUAACGAACAGCAACAAAUUUUAGAGGCUACCAAUAGCAAAAUGCAGGAACUGCAAACACAAUUGGAUCGUUUAGGUCGUGAAAAACUGCUGGCAGAAUCACGUGUCAAUGAAUUGUUGCCGUAUCAAAGUGAAGUGACUAAACUUAAACAGGAACUUAUGAAAAUGCAGAGUGUCCAAGAGAAAAAUCAAUUGGAAAUUGCUAAUUUAAAAUAUGAAAAUGAAUCAUUAAGAAAUCGUUUAAGAGACGUGGUCAAUUCUCCACUAUCGGAUGCGGAAAAACAUCAAAUUAUACAAGAUUCACAACGUUUGCAUAGUUCAGCACCAGCUUCUAUAGCAUUGCCCACAACAACAGACAAUGAUAAUGGUGGCACUCCAUGCCUUACACCCGACUGGGAUAAACACUCCUCGUCUAGUGAAAUAUCUGUAGCUUGUUUACAGGAUAAAAUCAUACAAAUGGAAGAAACCCAUUACUCGACUAAUGAAGAAUUACAAGCUACACUCCAAGAAUUAGCCGAUUUACAAGUUCAACUUACCGAUGCUCAUGCCGAAAACGAACGUUUAGCCGAAGAAAAAGAUGUUCUUUUCCAAUCGUUAUGUCGACAAACCGAAAAACUUAAUGAAUCCCGUACACAAAUCAAUAAUCUACAAGAAUUGCUAUUAAGAGAUGCCAAACAAACGAGUGCUGCUGAAGAAGUAGCCAAUACGGAGCGUGAAAAGAAAUUGAUGGAUUUAAUAAAAAGUGCUCAAGAUGAACGUGAAGCGGUUUUAGUUAAACACGAAGAAUUAAAUGGUGAAAUACAGGAAAUGCGUCAAACGCAUGAAGCUCAAAAUCUAGAACAAUCACGUCUACGUGAACGUAUUGCUCUUUUAGAAUCUUCCAUAGAUGCUGAGCAUGCUCAACGCAAACAAAUGGAAACACAGCUAUUAAGCGCCAAAGAGGAAAUUUCCCAUGGUCUUAUCGAAAUCAAUCGUUUAACUACUUUGCUAGAGAAUGCUAAAGCUAAAAUAGAAGAACUUGAACAAGAUUUGGCUCGAGGUGAUAAAACCGAUCUUAGUGAUCUUUUGGAUACAGCACGCAAAGAGAAAGAUGUUUUAGAAGAAAAAGUGGCCGAAUUGCAAGAUCAAUGGUCUCGCAGCCAGGCAGAGGCAAGACGCCUUAAAGAACAACUUACCGAUGUUACCGAAGAGCUUAAAGUCUCUAAAAAUAAUGCCAAAUGUGCUCUCUCACAUCUCGAAUAUCGUUUUGAACAAUUGCAACAGGAAAAAGACAAACUUACUUUGGAAAAUCAACAACUUUGUGAAACCUCCUCGGAGUUACAAGUACAAUGUAAAUGUCACUUGGAGGAUAAAACACAACUACAAAAUCUUUUAGCUGAAACACAAAAACAUCUCUCCGAAAUGGAACGUAAACUCAAUGAUACUCAAACACAAUUGGAAGAUUUGCAACAAUUACGCAAACAGGAGAUAGAAGAAUGGCAACAGUUCCAGUCGGAUCUAUUGAUGACGGUACGUGUGGCCAAUGAUUUUAAGACUGAAGCCUUAAGUGCUAGAGAACAAUUAGUUUUGGAUAAUAAAACCCAAAAGGAAAAGAUACGUAUGCUCGAGCAGCAAAUUGAAAAAUUAACCAAACAACCUUUAUUUACAGAACAACAACAAACUGAAACCCAACAAUCUGUAUUAACAACCGUGCAACAGGAAAUGGCCUCUAGACGCAGUAAAAUUGGCAGCUUUUCAAGACAGGAUUCCAGACUGUCCGUUAAGACUUUAAUUGAAAGUAUAGAAAAUAAUAAACAGACUGCUAAAACCGAAGAACCAGAAUCUCGUUAUAGUUCUUCCUCCAGCUUAAAUAGUAGCACUACACCCGAAAUAACUACCAGUACUAUGCCUUUAAGCAAUACAAAUACCAAUACAACUGACUGGUCGGAAAAUGUUUCUCGCUUAACACCUUUGAUAGGCAGCUUAAAUACAACAACAACGACAACGGCAGCUUGUACACCAAAUACUACAAAUAAUACCACAACCACAUUGGUAUCCUCAUUGAAUACCAACACAACCAAAGGUCCUUUAAGGGAACAACAACAGCAGCAAUCAAAUAUACACAUUAGUAGUUUAAAUAAUGUCUCCAAAUCUUUAUUAAGUGGCGAACGUAAGGAUCCCUUAAAUAUGCUGGCCAAAAAUGGUGGUUCGAAGCGUAAUGCUUUAUUAAAAUGGUGUCAAAAUAAAACCGUAGGCUAUCGCAAUAUCGACAUCACAAAUUUCAGUUCAUCCUGGAAUGAUGGUUUAGCAUUUUGUGCAAUUUUACAUUCCUAUUUACCGGAUCGCAUUCCUUAUGAUACUUUAAGUCCAACCAAUAAACGACGUAACUUUUCUUUAGCAUUUGCCGCAGCCGAAUCGGUUGGCAUAACCACAACUUUGAAUAUAAAUGACAUGUGUCAAAUAGAACGUCCCGAUUGGACUCAAGUAAUGUCUUAUGUUACUGCUAUUUAUAAACAUUUUGAAACUUAAGUUUAAUUUAUUCAUACUUCUUCUCUAUUCAUAAACUUACUAUAUUUACCUUUAACCUUUAUAUAUUUAAAAAAAAACGUAAUAAUUAGUUUUAAUUUAAACGUAUAUAUUUAAA